ACGCAACAUUACGUGACCAAUCCUAUGGGCUCUUAUUCAGUUUUUGUCCAAUAGGAUUGGGGUUUUUUAGACUUGCCAGAAAGCAACAAGAAGUUUCCAAAAUGGUGCUCGAAAGUACUAUGGUUUGUGUGGACAACAGCGAAUACAUGAGAAAUGGAGACUUUCUACCCACAAGACUACAGGCUCAGCAGGACGCUGUCAACAUCGUUUGCCACUCCAAAACACGCAGCAACCCGGAGAACAACGUUGGGCUCAUCACCAUGGCAAAUAACUGCGAGGUCCUUACCACCCUGACAUCAGAUUCUGGCCGCAUCCUGUCCAAACUACACGCAGUCCAACCCAGAGGAAGAAUCUCAUUCUGUACAGGCAUCAGAGUGGCUCAUCUGGCUCUAAAACACAGACAAGGCAAAAACCACAAAAUGAGGAUCAUUGCCUUUGUUGGGAGUCCUGUGGAGGAUAAUGAAAAAGAUCUUGUUAAGAUGGCGAAGCGCUUGAAAAAGGAGAAGGUGAACGUGGAUAUCAUCAACUUUGGAGAAGAGGAGGUGAACACAGAAAAGCUGACAGCAUUUAUUAACACUCUAAAUGGAAAGGAGGGAACAGGCUCUCACUUGGUCACGGUUCCUCCUGGACCCAGCCUGGCAGACGCACUGCUGUCCUCUCCCAUCCUGGCCGGCGAGGGAGGCUCUAUGAUGGGGCUGGGCGCCAGCGACUUUGAGUUUGGUGUUGACCCGAGCGCUGAUCCAGAGCUGGCCUUGGCCCUGCGUGUUUCAAUGGAGGAGCAGCGACAGCGGCAGGAGGAAGAGGCUCGCAGAGCUGCUGCUGCUUCUGCUGCCGAGGCAGGCGUCUCCACACCCACUGCAGACGAGUCGGAGGACGCCUUGUUAAAGAUGUCAGUCUCUCAGCCUGAGAGUGGUGCUGCAGUGCUUCCUGAUUUCAGCAGCAUGACAGAAGAAGAACAGAUAGCGUACGCCAUGCAGAUGUCUCUCGCUGGAGGAGAGUAUGGUGAGAUGGAAACGGAAGUGCCAAUGGACGCUGCAGAGUCAGCCAAGGAGGAGGAUGACUAUGAUGUAAUGCAAGAUCCAGAGUUCCUUCAGAGCGUCUUGGAGAACCUGCCUGGAGUCGAUCCCAACAACGAGGCCAUCCGCAACGCAAUGGGCUCACUGGCCUCCCAGACUGGAAACAAGCAAGACAGCAAAAAAGAUGAAGAGAAGAAGAAAUGAGACGACCAAACAAAAAUGAACAGUUGCAGGAUUUCUUUACAUAUGACUGCUGAUGCACUCUGCAUUACAACAUUCUGUCAUUUAAAACUCUCCUUCAAAACACCAAAUAAUUAAAAAAAAUCUGUAUUAAUUUGACAGCACAAAUUUCCUUGAAAUACAAUUUGAUGAAGUUACAAAAUAUUAGGAUCAUUUGUUACUUUGAACAUUCUUUUCUUUUUUCUUGUGAUUAAUAACCAAUUCAUUAUUAAUCAUAGCUGCAGGCUAUACAAUUAUUCCCCUGGCCUGUUUGGUUUUUUUUUUUGUUUUGUUUUUUUGCAAUAAAAGUCUGGGUUUAAAUGCCUCAUUUUCA